AUGGCACACGCUCGCCAUUUCUUGCCUGCACUCUUGUCCUUGCAUGCAUUCAUCUCUUGUACAUUAGCUCUGCGGCGACAGCGCGGCUCGCCGCUCCUUGCUGCUUAUCUGUCCAUUACCCGUCUGCUGGCAUGCAUGCGGUGCUGUGAUUGUCGCGCACCUCGCACGCUCGCACAUACCUCUUUGCACCUUCCUUCUCCCCCCCCUCCUUCUCAACCACAACCAGCACCACCUCCUCCGCUUCUUCUACUCCUUGCUCCGUGUUGUGAUUUGUGGUUCAAUUGUUGUCGAGUAAACCCGAUAUCACGCACGACACCAGCAGCUGCCGUUUCAGCCGCAACCGAUACAUAA